AUGCUCCCCCCAUUGUCCACUGUCCCAUCAGUGAUGUCCUUAAGUGCUGUCCUCCCAUCUCAGUCAGUAUGGGUAGGGACUCCUUCCAUUUCAAAACAGCAUCCCCCGAGGUCAGAUACCCUCCCACCUCCCCCACAAUCUCUGUUCACUUCAUGGACUCCUGACUCAUCUCGUUCCGUCAUCUUUUUUAAGCCAGCUGAGCGACCCACCAAAGUGCCUUUAUUCCCUCAAACAGCUCCAACUCACUUCUCUUCAAGUCAGAGUGUAUCUAGUCCCCUAAACCCAUUUGCUAAUGAACUGAACCACACUCCAUCCAAAAAUGCCCAGGAUUUAACAGGCACCCCUCGCCUAAGUUUUUCUGGAUCCUCAACAAAACAAUAUUCGGAGCUGUCUUUCACCAAGGGUCCUCGCUCAGCAGGCUCCCCCACUCCUGAGUUUUUUAGUUCCAUGGCAGAACUGACCCAUCUGUCUCCCCCUCCCCUAGCACCUGGAAGUCUUUGGCUUCCAGGUGGAACUCCCUCAUGGUCAAGGUCGGAAGUGGCUUCAAGUCCUGCAUCCCCCCAGCCAGUCGAAGCUGAGGUGGCUGAAAGAGUGCACAAUGGGGUGUCUUGGCCAGCUUUGAAGAGUGCAGCAGCGAGCCAUGAGGCUGUGCCUUCCCUGUUCCAGACUGCAGAGUCAGUGGCAGUGGAAAUGACCAGCAGAAAGCUAGCCCCUGCUACUGCAAAUGCCUCUGCUAACCCACUGCGUUUGUCAGCAGCUCCAGAGAAUUCCGAAGGGCCCGCCCUUUCCACAGAACACACAUCCUCCUUUUUGGUGCCUUCUCCUCUGCCUCUCACCACGGCUGACCAAGGACAAGCCAUCCUUCCUGGGGCGAUUCCUGCAUCACCAUCGAAUGGCGCAGCGGCAGAUUUUCUCUCCACGGCCACUUUCCUCCAGUCGGCACAGAAUCAUGCCUCGCCCUCCGCCGAACCCAAAAUGCCAACUCCUCAGGAAGAGGGCUAUGAGGGACCGUCUCCUACUGCAGCCUCAGACUUCCUCCUCUCAAGCCAGUUUCCUAAUUUCCUUUCCACGACUUGGACAUUUCCGCUGCAGAAAGACGAUAGCGCAACGGCUGUUUUAAAGAAAAACGAAAAGGCACAUUUGACAGUUGCUCUCCAGAUCCUUCCAAGUAAGGAGAGUCCAAGUCUUCACACUGUAAGUGGAUUCACCUCUGCUUUUAGCACUGGUCAUAGUUCAUCUACUGUCGUUACAACACCAAGAACAAGCCUUCCUUCAGAAUUACCUCCACGUUCCAUCCCCUCCAUCCGAGCCACCCAGACCGUUCCCCCAUCUCCCAGCUUUUCCAGCAGCAAGCCAGAGACUUAUUCAGCGGCAGCAAACCAUUCUGAGUUGCCAGUUUCAUCUUCCAAACAGGUGACAGCAUUUCCCUCCUCCACUGAGGUCUAUGAUUCCUCAAUAAUGGGAAAUGGGAAAAAGCCAGCAGCCACAGAUGUUUUCUGGAGUCCUCUUUCAGCAGAAACUGGAUCCCCGUCCACAGAACCACUGCUAUCUGGCUUGCUGCAGCAAACAAAUUAUGAUCUAAAUGGGCACACAAUUAACUCCACAAGUUGGGAAGCUCAUUCAGCUUCAUCUACUGCUCCCACUGGUUUAACUUCAGCUGUUCGUACAAUAAAAUCUCAGGAUUUCAAAGACCCUGCUCGGCAUGUAGCAACUGCAGAAGGCUUUCACGUUCAGGACCCAGUCCUUGAUACAAGCACCAACCAGCCGGUCCAACAGUCAGAUGUUACUGUGGUUGGAAACCACACAGACGUCUUGUCCACAAGUAAUAACCAUUCUGGAAGCUUCCAAGCAGCUGAGGUUGAAGAUUACCCACCUGCAAGUCAACAUGUCUCAUCUCAUCCCCAUCUAGAGUUACCUGCCCAUCCAGUACGUUCUCCCUUGCUAACCUCUGUGAGUCUGCCUUCCACAGCUGGCUCACAAGAAAUGCUUUCAGAUGGAAUGGAUACAAGUUUCCAAAUUUCCAGUAACAUCUAUCCAUCUCCUGUACUAAAUGCUUCCGCACCAUUCCAGAGUAUCCUGAGAGAUCACUCUACGGCUGAAUCUCCUCUGUCAACCAGUGCCUUGUUCAGGACCCCAUCCAAAGUGCUGCUGGCUUCUCAGAGCCCCAAGAAAUGGACAGGUGCAGCCACUAAUGCAGGGGACCCCUCAGUGUCGUCCAAGGGAGAAUCAACAGCAACAGCAGCAGCAGCAGCCACGUUGUUUCUGAGGAAGUCAAGUCCACCAGCACUGUCUGCAGCCCUGGUUGCUAAAAGCACCAGCAGCAGCCCUUUGGCCGUGGCCUCAGGACUAGUUAAGAGCAGUCUGACCACUGCUCUAGCUAAAAAUGUCACAGACUAUGGAGCAUCUAGCCCAAAGGCAACACCAGGGGCAGUCAAUCCAGCCUUCUCGAUCACACCAUCCUACAUGUUUGCAAGAUCAGCACACACCAUGAGCACUCACACAGCCAGGCAAGGGAACAUGGCCACUGCCUCUGGCCUGUUGUCCACAACACACCUCCCCAGGAAACCACAGGCCAUGCACACAAACUUCCCAAACCCCACCAACCCAGACAUGCCCAGGGCGUCCACCACACGCCCACUGUCAAUCACAGCAGCCUUGACCUCCAUUACCGCACCAGUGAGGGCUACCCGCUUGCCACCUCUGCUGGCAGAAAACUCAGAUACUGCUCUUCCCGCUGCGUCGACAGCGAUGGUCACGACAGGCAAAAUGGCAUCCAACCUGGAGUGUCAGAUGUCCAGUAAGCUCCUGGUGAAGACAGUUCUCUUUCUGACCCAAAGGAGAGUGCAGAUCAGUGAAACCCUGAAGCUCAAUGUAGCAAAAGGGCUCACACAGGCACUGCGGAAGGCUUUCCACCAGAAUGACGUCUCGGCUUACGUGGAUAUUCUAGAACAUUCUCACAACGUCACAGUUGGGUAUUAUGCUACCAAAGGGAGGCUGGUGUACUUGCCUGCUGUAGUGAUCGAAAUGCUGGCUGUUUAUGGGGUCAGCAACGUCACAGCAGACCUGAAGCAACAUACCCCGAGCUUGCAGUCGGUGGCAGUACUUGCCACCCCAUGGAAUCCCCAGCCUGCAGGCUACUUCCAGCUGAAAACAGUGCUUCAGUUCGUGAGCCAGUCCGACAACAUACAGUCCUGCAAGUUUGCUCAGACAAUGGAGCACAGACUACAGAAGGCCUUCCAGGAUGCUGAGAGGAAGGUCCUGAAUACCAAGAGCAACCUGACUAUUCAGAUUGUGAGCACGUCCAACGCUUCCCAGACAGUCACCUUGGUGUACGUGGUGGGCAACCGGAGUUCCUUCCUCAAUGGCACCGUCGCCAGCAGCCUCCUCCGCCAGCUCUCGGCUGAGCUGGUGGGGUUCUACCUCACCUACCCGCCGCUCACCAUUGCCGAACCACUGGAAUAUCCCAACCUUGACAUAUCAGAAACAACCAGAGACUAUUGGGUAAUUACAGUGCUGCAGGGUGUGGACAAUUCGCUGGUGGGCCUGCACAACCAGAGCUUCGCCCGGGUCAUGGAGCAGCGGUUGGCCCAGCUGUUCAUGAUGUCCCAGCAACAAGGCCGGCGGUUUAAACGGGCCACCACCCUGGGAAGCUAUACCGUGCAGAUGGUAAAGAUGCAGCGGGUGCCGGGACCCAAGGACCCAGCGGAGCUAACUUACUACACCUUGUACAACGGGAAGCCUUUGCUGGGGACUGCAGCUGCCAAGAUCCUGAGCACCAUUGACUCCCAAAGGAUGGCCUUGACCCUGCAUCAUGUUGUCCUUCUGCAAGCUGACCCCGUGGUGAAAAACCCACCCAACAACCUGUGGAUCAUCGCUGCGGUGCUCGCGCCCAUUGCCGUGGUCACGGUCAUCAUCAUCAUCAUCACGGCCGUGCUCUGCCGGAAGAACAAGAACGACUUCAAGCCGGACACCGUGAUGAACCUGCCUCAGAGAGCAAAGCCUGUGCAAGGCUUUGAUUAUGCAAAGCAGCACCUGGGCCAGCAAGGGGCCGACGAGGAGGUCAUCCCUGUGACCCAGGAGACGGUGGUCCUCCCACUCCCUGUUAGAGAUGCUCCUGCCUCGCAGGAAAGGGACGUCCUCCAGGACGGAAGCACCAUCAAGACGGCCAAAUCCACUGAAACCAGAAAGAGCAGGUCGCCCAGUGAGAAUGGCUCUGUCAUCAGCAACGAAUCAGGGAAGCCCAGCUCAGGGAGGCGCUCGCCCCAGAAUGUAAUGGCACAGCAGAAAGUGACAAAGGAGGAGGCACGGAAGAGAAAUGUGCCAGCGAGUGAUGAAGAGGAAGGAGCAGUUCUUUUUGACAGCUCUGGCAAGGCGGCUGCUGAUCCCUUUGACACAUCUUCUGGAUCUGUGCAGCUCAUCGCUAUAAAACCCACAGCCCUCCCCGUGGUGCAUCCCACCUCAGACAGAAGCCAGGAGUCGGCAGUCCUCAACGGGGAGGUGAACAAAGCCCUGAAGCAGAAGUCAGACAUCGAGCACUAUCGGAAUAAGCUGCGCCUGAAAGCCAAGCGGAAGGGAUAUUACGAUUUCCCCGUAGUGGAGACAAACAAGGCUCAGACGGAAAGAAAAAAGAUGUAUGAAAAAGCCCAAAAGGAAAUCGAGCAUGUGUUGGAUCCAGACCCAGAACUGUGUGCCCCAUUUGCUGAAUCUAAAAACAGGCAACAGACGAAAAACUCUGUCUACCGAAGCCGGCAGUCCCUGAAUAGCCCGAGUCCGGGGGAAACAGAGAUGGACCUUCUGGUGACUCGCGAGCGACCCCGGCGUGGAAUCCGUAACAGCGGAUAUGAUACUGAGCCCGAAAUCAUAGAGGAAACCAACAUUGACAGAGUUAAUGAGCCCAGGGGCUAUGGCAGAUCGAGGCAGAUGAAAGGUCACUCGGAGACCUCCACGCUGAGCUCCCAGCCCUCCAUCGAUGAGGUCAGGCAACAGAUGCACAUGCUGCUGGAAGAGGCCUUCAGCCUGGCAUCCGCGGGACACGCCGGCCAGAGUCGGCACCAGGAGGCCUACGGCUCAACACAGCACCUGCCCUACUCAGAGGUGGUGACCAGCGCUCCUGGGACCAUGACACGGCCCAGGGCAGGAGUGCAGUGGGUGCCAACCUACCGCCCAGAAAUGUACCAGUACAGUUUGCCCCGGCCGGCCUACAGGUUUUCCCAGCUUCCUGAAAUGGUCAUGGGCUCUCCCCCUCCGCCUGUACCUCCUCGGACUGGCCCUGUGGCAGUUGCUUCUCUCAGGCGGUCCACCUCGGACGUUGGCAGCAAGACCAGGAUGGCCGAGUCCGCCGGGCCGGAGCCGGCCCAGAUGCACGACAGCGCCUCCUUCGCGCAGGUGUCCAGAGGCCCUGUGUCCGUGUCGCAGUUGGAUCAGUCGGCUUUAAAUUACUCAGGUAAUACAGUGCCGGCCGUGUUUGCCAUCCCAGCUGCCAACAGACCCGGCUUCACGGGCUACUUCAUCCCGACACCUCCCUCAUCCUAUAGGAACCAGGCCUGGAUGUCCUAUGCAGGAGAGAAUGAACUCCCAAGCCAGUGGGCCGAUUCGGUCCCCCUCCCAGGGUACAUCGAGGCUUACCCCCGGUCACGUUAUCAGCAGAACUCUCCCUCCAGGCUCCCUCGCCAGUACAGCCAGCCGGCCGGCAUGCACCCCAGCUUGGAGCAGGCCCCAGUGCCCUCCACAGCAGCCUCCCAGCAGAGCCUGGCAGAGAACGACCCGUCGGACACACCCCUGACCAACAUCUCCACAGCGGCCCUCGUGAAGGCCAUCAGGGAAGAGGUGGCCAAGCUAGCCAAGAAACAGACGGAUAUGUUUGAGUUCCAGGUCUAAUGCCUUAGCUCCAUGGGACUUCCAAACUCCGAGGAGACAGUCUUCGGGUUUCUCAAGCCUAACGUGUUGGAACUUGAAGCCUAGACAGCGAGUGAGUUUUUAUCACCCUCAGUUUCUGAAAAGGUGAACAGUGGGGCUUCUGGGAAACAGAGGAAAACUCUUAAAUGACUGGAUUCUCAGCUUAUUCAACUGAUUGUACAUCAAGAUGUCCCUGCUUGGGACCACAUGUUUGAUAUUCUGUUAUGUUAACUGUUUUGAACUGUGGGUGUAUUUCCCUAAGGAGCCUUAGUCACAAGAGACGCUAGCUACCCUACAGAUUCCUGUUCAAAGCCACAUUUCGAUAAAUCACCAGAAGGGGGAGAACAUAGCUCUAUCUUCGGUGACCUCUGCAUGUUAACUCUGUUUCUGUGUUAAAGGCAAUUCAGGCGUGUGAUUAAACACCAGACUGUACUCUCUCUCAUUCAGUCGUGACUAUAAUCGUUAAAGUCACCUCCGGCCUGUAAGGGGUCACUGACUCCAGCCAAGAAACGUAAGCCCUUUUCUUUUAAAGAUUCAUAGUCGCAUUGGAGGAAAAGCAGUGCUAUCGAUGACUGUACCUAUAAGUAGUCCUGAUGCUCCUUUCCCCCAUUAAUUAAACAAAGGCCAAAAAAGAGAGAAGAUGAGACGGAAUGGUCAAUUUGUGUUGACAGGUUUUUGAAAAGGUGUUGUUAUUUUGGAACUGCAGUACCCUGCAAGUUGGGAUCUUGCUGAAAGAGAAGCAAUGCUAAGAGCUUUUAGGAUCCUACAGAAAAAAAAGAGUUAUUGGUGAAGGGGUUUUGUUUGUUUGUUUGUUUUUUCCCCCCGCAAUGAAGAUGGCCUGAGAAUGAAGCUUCUCUCUUUUUUGGAAUAAUAAAUAUGUUGACUUUUACAAGAAAAUCUCUGUCUCUUCAACAAUGACGUCCAGCCUGUGCUGCCGAGUGGUACAAAAGGAACUAGUAAUUAAUGCCUGCUAGAAGCAGGAAUAGUGGAUCCACAGUUUCCUCAGGCUGCACUCUGUUUAUAGAAGCUUCUGAAUGUAGAAAAUCUGUUGAUUUACAUUUAAAUGUAAAUAACAUUUUAAAAAGUGUAUGGAGUUAGCCAGUCCUCUCCCUUCCCAUUCCCUGUAGUUAAUGAACACUGGAGGACAUUUGCUGAAAUGGCAGGGCUGCUGACCUUGUGAAGGUGAGGUUGCAAAUCACCCUCCCUGCCAUGGCCAGUCGACCUCCAGAGCUCUGGUGGACACUGUCUUGUAGCCCUGAGACACUGGCCACAGACAGUCAGCGCAAAGCAAAACAGCUGCUGACUUCAGGUAGCCUGGGGGAGGAAACACCCCAGUUCCCUCACCAACUUUGGGAGCCAUGCACGAUGUUGGAGAUUCACUUGGUGUCUGUUGGAGAACGAGAUUCUGUCCUGUCUUCACCCAAGAUCCAUCUGGCUUCAGCUGUAUCCAUUCUGAGCCCAUCUCUCCAUUCUCCUCAUGAGUUUCUUUGGUCUUUACUGAGAGAAUGUGGAAAUUUAAAAGUUGAGAGAAGAGUAGGAAUGGAACUGAUUAGAGUGGGAGAUUCAAACUGUCAAAGCACAGACUUUCCAAAGAAGCUGUUUUUAUUUCCCAAUGGCAAAUUGCCCUUUCUGGAAUGUUCUAGAAAUGAUGUAUCAUGGAAUUCCCAAACAAGUCUCUUGUUCAGAUGCUAUUAGGUAGUGUCCUUUUGGUAUGCUGGUUGAUCUUUCAUAGUGGUAGUUUUUUGUUACUUAAAAAAAAAAAUCAGCUAUAAAUAAAAUGUAUUUUUGUAAUUGCCAUGUGUAUAUACAGUAUAUUUCUACCAAUGGCCAGUUGUAAUCCAAAACCUAAAUCAGCUUGCAAAACACUGUGGACAGUGCAAGAUUUUAUCGACAGAUUAACGCAAUGCCUAAGUCUAUCCAAAUUGGUAUUCAAUGCACUUGAAUGAACAAAGAGCCAAAGAAACUCAGCCUUUUCAUGCAAAUGGUAUGAGUCAGAUAAAGUCAGCUACAUUGUCCCGCCUUAUCAAUAAUAUUAAUAUUUCAUUAGAGCAAUGACAUCAACCCAGUACUUUGUCUACUUGGUAAAUGCCUGGAAAUGUUGUUAUGUGAAAAUGAAGUUUUAAGAGCUUAGUGUAAUUAAAAUAUGUGCACAUGAUUCCAAGGCAGUGUCCGAGCUGUGGAUGUGCCGGUGACUGACAGAGAAUGAGCCUACGGUUUGCAGUGGUACAGCUCCAGCUUGCUAAAAGGUUGGAAAAACAAAUCAUUGCGGCCUUUACAGAACCCCAUGAAAUACUAAGUUUGUCAACUUAGAAAACUAAAAAUAUAGUGUGCUAAAUCAGGCACCCCCCUUAAACUAGACACCACAGAUUUAAGAAAAGUAUAUGGGAGGAGAAUGUGAAUUUGAAACAAGUCAGUCUCUUCAUGUUUUCCACCAAUGGGGAGACAGCCGCCAUUGUCUGAUUUUUCUGUGACUAAGAUGUAGUCCCUUCCCUGAAGUCUCCUGACCUCAUGGAGAUGACAGCUGGCUCGGUGAAAAGGCAGAUGGGCCAAAGUGUCUCGUGGAAGUGAAAAUAGAGUUCCAUGAGAACCACAGGCUUUGUGUUCCUCAUGACCCUCCAGACAAUUGAAGAAGCUACAGGACCUUGGUGACCUUGGAGAAGGAAGUGAAAGUCCAGAGAGGUGAAGUGACCUGUCCAAGGAUUCCAGCCCAUGCCUGCUGAUUCAUAAUCCAACUUGCUUUCCAUUUCACCAUGCUGCCUGCACGCUUGUCUAUGAUGCAUUUCUUGAACUCUGCUAGGAAGUUUAAAAAGUAGACAAGGGUCAUAUAAGAGAUUCCCUACGUUCUUGUGAAGAAAAGAGAUGACUGAGUAUGUAAAGAACUUCAGAUAAACUGUAUAGAGGACAAUGCAUUUGUGGCAUAAUAAACAUUUUUGCAACUA